AUGGCGCAAACAGACUACAAAUUUGAAGGCUGGAUGGGUCUCGACCCCAGUGCCGGCGAGGGCAAGAUGGUCUGGCAAGAAUUCGAACCGAAAGAGUGGGAGGAAACCGACGUUGAUAUCAAAGUCUCCCACUGUGGCAUCUGUGGUUCUGAUUUACACACUCUCCGGAGUGGCUGGAAACCCACCGCCUACCCCUGCUGCGUAGGCCACGAGAUUGUCGGCACAGCCGUGCGCGUGGGUAGCAAGGUCUCCGACAUCCAGCUGGGCGACCGUGUCGGAGUCGGUGCUCAGAGCGAGUCCUGUCUUGGCCGCCAAGGUGAUUGCGAGGAGUGCGCUUCAGGCCAGGAGAACUACUGCAGCAAGAAGGUCGUCGGCACGUACAACAGUAUCCACUACGACGGUAGCAAGUCGUACGGUGGGUAUGCGCGGUACCACCGUGUGCCCGGCCACUUUGCCAUCAAGAUCCCCGACGCUAUCUCGUCGGCUGAUGCCGCGCCUAUGCUGUGCGGUGGUGCUACCCUCUUCUCUCCGCUUAAGCACAAUAACUGUGGCCCUGGCAAGCGUGUGGGUAUUAUUGGUGUUGGUGGACUGGGUCACUUUGGCUUGUUGUUCGCUAAGGCUAUGGGCGCUGAUAUGGUUGUUGCUAUCUCGCGGAAGUUGGGAAAGAAGGAGGAUUCGCUGAAGAUGGGGGCGGAUCUUUACGUUGCGACUGAUGAUGAGCCGGACUGGGCUACGGUUAAUGCCCGGUCUUUGGAUUUGAUUGUUUCGACAGUCUCGUCUACUAAGAUGCCCUUUAACGAUUACCUGGGUCUGCUGAAGACUGGUGGGUCUUUUGUGCAGGUUGGUCUUCCUGAAGAUGGUGGAUUAUUCGCUCCUGUUCGAAGCUUGAUGCGUCAGCUGAAGCUGCAGAGCUCCCUCGUUGGUAGCCCGAGUGAGAUCCGAGAGAUGUUCCAGCUUGUUGCUGAAAAGGGAAUCCGCCCUUGGGUAGAGGAGAUCCCUAUGAAGGAUGCGAAUAAGGCGAUUGUGGAUAUGGAGGAUGGAAAGGCCCGUUACAGAUACGUGCUGGUUAAUGAGUAA